AUGUCUACGUACUUCCCGAAGAGCCUGAAAAACAAGGCUAAGAGCACGCUACCUGUCGUCAGGCAAUCGCUGCUGCUGCCGCGCCUGCGCCCGGCGAAAUCGCUGUACGAUACCGCAAAUGUUCACCCCGUGCUGAGCAGGGGAUACCCGGUGUUCGACACCAUUUUCGACACCCUGAACGACAAGGCCAGCGGGCUGCGCAAGUACAAGCCGAAGGAGGAGCGGCCUGUCGUGCGCACGGACUACAAUGCCGAGAAUAUGCACGAGAUGAACCACAGGUUCAGGUUCAAGUUGGCAGGCACGUUCAACGGUGAGGUCCCCUCUCCACCACCACCGCCACAUGUUUCGGCAGCGAAAAGCUUCGAAAGCGAGCUCGAGUCGUACUGCAAUCAGCUGUUCUUGGUAGGCUGGAUCAAGUGCCGGCGCUACUUCGCCAUUGGUCACGUAGGUGCAGCCCCCGUGUUGAGGCCCAUCCCGCAGUUGCAGGGCAACGUCAUCGCAACUAGCUACAUGAAGCGCUGGAUGCAGAUCUCCGGCGCGAAGAGCGCGCAUUUCAACAGCGCCGUGUUUUUCGACGAGAAUUAUGCGAUACCAAAGUUGGACUACCAGGAGCUGACGGUGGUGCGGGACUACCGCAAGCCCCAGAAGAAGGCCCAGCAUCAGCGCGCCGUAAGUGCACCGACAUCAGUGGUGAAAAUGACGCCGCAGGUCGAGGAGCGCCGAGGUGUUCACGGGCUGCUAGCAUAG